GGCAAAGUCUACCACAGUUCACUAUCUUUCUACCCCGUGUUACGAUACCAGUGUUUGAGAUAGAUUCAGCCUCUGCUCGAACCCCGGACCAGUCGGCAAUCUUUGCUCCCACAACGCUCAUUCUCAGAACAUUGUCUACUUUCAUAAAACCGUCACAAGAUACCACUUUGUGCGCCGUGCUUUCCAUCUUGUCGGAUUCAUUCGUUUUCGGGCAAAUCGAAUCAGACAAUCGCCGGACGACUGCACAUACACACACAACUUCACAAAACAAUUCUUGCGACGGACAAGACUACAACAAACCAGAAAACACCUGUGUCGACUUGGACUUUGUCAAGAAGAUCAGGAGACUAUAGAUCUACAGAGAUCACGACGAACGAUCAACGCCAUCACGCUACGAAAUACCUUCACCGUGGAUUCACACGCGACAGCUCGCAUUCUCUAUCCAUCAUCAUGCAGUUGACCAGCAUCCUAACAGCAGCUAUGCUGCCCCUUGUCGCCCUGGCGCAGACAACCACCGCGUCUGGCACGACCACCUUGACCGCAACCUCGACCAGAACCAGGACCAUCACACUGGCCAGCAAUACCGUGACCAUGACUGCCAGUGCCAACACCAACUCGACCGUCGUCUACGCCACCGGCUCAUAUACCGGCAAGGCGUCCAACACCGCCUCUGCGACCUCGACCGGAGCCACAGAAGUCCCAGGUGUCAACGGCCUCGGCAGCGGCGCUUCCUCGCUCCACUCUGCGCAUGUCGCCGCUGCCGGUCUUGCGGGUAUGCUCGCUGUGGCCUUAAUGUAA